AUGUCAAGGGCUCCGAUUUUCAUCAAGGAUUUGGUCAAAGGAAACCAAGUUUGGAAGAUGCAGGUAAGGGUUGUUGAUUUGUGGGUCGUUAAGGAGAAAACCGGACAGAAACACGUCGAGUUGGUUAUUCAGGAUGUUAAGGGCGAUCAAAUUCACGUCACCACCCGGAGCCGAGAUUUCAAAGAUUGGAUUGAUCAAGUGAAAGAACAUGAAACAUAUACACUUCAUAAUGGAGAGCCUGUUGUUAAUGAUGGAGCCUUGAAAGUUUGUUCUAACCCACUCAAGAUUGUCUUCAAUGGAGGGACUGCCAUGACAAAUGUUGCGUUUCCCGACAUACCCCAUCACAAAUACAACUUUCACCCUAUAGAGAACUUUCUCAAAGGAAGCUUCAAGCCUGAUAUGCUUUAUGAUGUCAUAGGUGUUUUUCAUGAAGUCCUUAGGUCACAGAUGGGAGGAGAUGGUAGGAAGUCUUGCGUUAAUAUCACUUUACGUGAUGUUGAAGGAAACGUGAUUGAGGUUGUGUUAUGGGAUGAUUACUGCAAGCAAUUCUCGACCUACAAUACCUCUGGCACACAGAAAAAAAGUCCUACAAUCAUUGUGUUGACACAUGCAUGGUGCAAGCCAAACAAAGUUUCUGGUUUACCAUCUCUCUCUAAUGCUUGGAAUGGUUCUCGACUCCUCAUCAACUUGGAACAUCCACAAGUGGAAGAAUUCAAAGCUAGCUAUCUUGCAAAUGAUUCAUCCAAUGGCCCUGCGCUUUCCUUGUCUUUAACCUGUGAUUCAUCUCUUCAAUCGGCUAACAAGAAUUGGAAGAGUCUCGACGAGGUCCAAAGUAUCCGUGCAAUUGUUGAGUCCAAAAAGGAUUGUUAUGCAACCACUAUUGGAACUACAAAGUUUUUCAAAGCUUCCAAGUUUGGCUGGUUUUUUGAAGCAUGCCCAGGCUGUAAAGCUUCUAACAAGUCACUCGGCGAAACAUUUCAAUGUUCGUGCGGAAUUUCCAAUGUUGAACCUGUGACUAAAUUCAAAAUUGAGGUCGAGGUUGUGUAUGAAGACUACAGUGGUACUUUUGUUUUUUGGGACAAGGAUGUUAUUCCUUACACAAAAUUUAAUGCGAAGGAACUGAAACAACUUAUGAAAGAGGCAGGAGAGGAAAACCCGAAGAUUUGGCCUUCACAUCUCGAUGUACUUUUGAAUAAAGACUUGGUCUUCCGCGUCAAAUAUCAAUCUGAUUUCGGUCAAUUCUCUAUUGUCACUAUACUUAACGAGGACAACUUAUACAAGAAGUUUGACAACUACCUCACACCUAAUGAGCAAGAAUCAAUUGAAGCUGUUAAAGAAAUUCCGGCAAAUGGUGUUACUGAGGAACCUAUCCAACCUAAUGGAACACCAAUUUCUGAACCAACCGAAUCUGCUCCGAUGUCCGUUGCUGGCAACACUUCUGGGAGUCCUACUGCAAGCUCUAGCACUACUCCAGCCAAGAGGUUUGCUCCAUCAACCUCUAUCAAUGAUGCCAUGUUAUCUGAAGAAAUCACACCCAAGCAGUCUGCCACUAAAGCCAAGCCUAUCAGGAAGACUAAGUUGAUUAAGAAGGAGUAAACUGGUGGGCCUAACUCGGAUGUUUUGGUUCCUUUUUGAUGCAUAACUUUAUGUGACACCCUUUUUUGUAAGGAGUUUAUCCAGAUAUUAAGUAUGUUAAUUUGUGGCAUUCGUGUCGUUAUGCAUGUUUUGUUCCGUACUUUAACUCUUAACCUCAUAGCAAGGUAUUUGUAAUGAUGAUACUAAGUUGCAUUAAUCAUGCUAUUUCCAUUAUCUAUUCAAAGUUUAUAUCCUUUAUCUAUGCAACUAUUCAAAGUUUAUUUCCAUUAUCUAUGCAACUGUUCAAAGUUUAUUUCCUUUCAUCUUAUGAAUUCUCUUUGCCUUGCAACCUCAUUUAAGGUUUUGUAACUUUGGUUUUUCACUCAACAAAUGACAGCACUAAACUUGUAUCACAGUAUUUGUAUAAUGUUCUUUGCCCUGUGCCUUUUUUAAUCUAAAUAGCCACCUUAAAGCAUACAUUGAGUGUAAG